AUGUUGUUGCUGCGGUCCACGCGCUGCGCUGGAAGUCUGUUGCCCGUCGCCUUGCUCGCCUGCAGCAGCUUGUACAAAAUUUGGGGGGUCGGCGGAUUUUGUCUGAUUCAUGCUGCCACCUGUUGGAGCCAGUGCCCGGGUAGGGCUCCCGUUGGCAUCAAGGCUGUCGUCGGCAUGGUGGAGCCGCUCCCUCUCUUGAGCUUGGGUUUCUGUUCAGUGCUGCGGAUCUGCAAAACCACAAUUGUAGCAAAUGCCAGGGCAGGUGUGCCAUCCGCCUCCCACGGGCCGCGCUGCCCGUAUCUCGAGCAGCCGGCCGGGUCUCCCAGCCCCUUCUCCUCUUUCCUCCUCCUCCUCCUCCUCCUCCUCCUCCUCCUCCUCCUCCUCCAUACCUCGCUGCGCUUCCAAUCUAGGAGAUAA